AUAAAGAACGGAUGACGUAACCACUUCCACAACAACAAGAAGAAACAAGGAAGUGUCAAUCCGAAACCUGUAACAAGGCCGAGACAAGAUACGCAGAGCUCCGUACAAGCUGAUGUUCCUCAGCCUCCGAAUCAAUCCACAACAAUGAAUAACAAAGGUUCAUAUCCACAGCAGUCUGUACCUCAGCAGAGUACUGCACCUGUAUACCCUCCUGCUAUGCAAAUGUCUCCUCAGGCACCUCCCUACACAGACACACCACCUGCAUAUUCUGAGAUAUACCAGCCCAGAUAUGUGCUUCCACCUCAGGUGCCUGGUCAGGUGCCGCAGAUGUCCUCCCAUUACCCUGGCCAUCAGGUGUACAUGCCCAUGCAGCCACACAUGCAAGUGGGUCCGGUGGGCCAGAAUGUCCCCAUGGCUUACUACCCCAUGGGAGCCGUUUACCCCCAUGGAUCAACCGUGAUGGUGGACGGCGGCUUCGACGCCGGCGCUCGCUUCACAGCCGGCAGCAGCGUCUCCAUCCCCCCCCCACCGCCUGGACACCCCCCUAAUGCGGCUCAGCUGGCCGCCAUGCAGGGCGCCAAUGUUGUCAUGACACAGCGCAAGAAUAACUUCUUCCUGGGCGGAUCCAGUGGAGGGUAUACCAUCUGGUAACAGCAGCUACUCCCCUCCUGGUUCAUACAUAAAACCCCGUCCCAGAUGA